CAGGCAGAUCUAGAUGCAGAAUAGUCAUACUUCUGGGGAAGAGUACACUGGCAGGGACAGUGACCAUAAAUCUUCAGGUAAUAAUUAAAGACAGAUAGCAACAAGAACAAAAUGAUGAAUAAGAAAUAAAGAUAAAGAAAUUGGACAUAAAUGCAGAGGAGAGAACGGUUAAAUAGAUAAGACACAGGUGUGUCUCAUGAAGAGAGGCAGCAGGGGCUCCCAUCUGAAAAUGGCGGAACUCAGAGUGUGACUGUUGGUGUGGUGUCUUCGGCUACGUAGUGCAUGUGGCCAGUUUACCGCUUUUGUUGCAAGAUUUUGCCCUUCAACCAAAAAUCUCUGGGAUAUUCUACACAGCUUGUACAACACGAGAACAACCUCUGCAACAGCUGCAAAUCUGUGUGUACGCAGGCUGCAGUAAUGGAAGCCGCAGCGCUGGGAUCCUGGGACUUCCUGAGUGGAAUUCUGCUGCUGGUGUCUGUGGUCUUCCUGAUUGGCCUGUGUGGUGGUUGCCAGCGGUCCGCACACCGCACGAGCAUCCCAGAGCCUUUCAUGGAUGACUACAUCCAACAGGGCCCCAACCUCCAAGGAUUCCGAGUCCUAAGACCUGCAUGCACAGCUCUUCCUGUUUCCAGCAGAAGUUCAGGAAACUCCACCCACCUCCCUUUUCCCAGUUCUCCCAAGCCUGAAAGGAUUCGUCCUUCUUCCUACAGCCCUCCAGCAGAUGGAGGAAGCCUUCACAGCUAUGACAAUCCUGCCUCUCAAAUUGGUGACUAUAUCAAUGACAGUGAGGAGGAGAACGAGAAAGGAGAAGGUUACAUAAUGGUGUUGCCAGGUCCUCCUGUGGCCAUGCCCAUUGGCAGGUCUGAGCAGAGUCUUGUGUCCUCACAGAGUUCAGAAAGGGGCGAUUACAUUAAUGUGCCUGUGCCUGAGGAGGAAGAUCGUUCUGACACCAGCAGUCAAAACUACAUUAAUGUGCAGGCAGGUGGAGAACACUGUAAACUUUCCCCAGGGAUCUCCCUUGAUAACAUGGAAAGUGACGACAACAGCAUCUCUGACUAUGUGAAUACGGAGUUCAUUAAACAUACCACUUGCCAAUAAGAGAUGCCUGUGUAAGCUUCACAGACCAGCUAUGGUGGCACGACUGCAACCACUCCAAGGGAAGCUGUUGGCAGAAGCUGGGUUGUUGUUUUUUUACUUAAUUAAACAAUUUUUUAAGGAGCUUCAGUUAAUGUUCACAUCAACCAUUAGAAUGGUGAAAAAAUUUGACCAUGACUUUGACUGUGGAAUGAUUGUUGGCAGACAAGGUGGUUUAAGUAUCUCAGAAACUGCUGGGACACUAGUCUGCACACUAGUCUCUAGUCUCUUUUUAAUCCAGUGAGCAGCAGUUCUGCAGACAGAAACGCCUUGUUAAUGAGAGAUGUCAGAGGAGAAUGGCCAGACUGGUCAAAGCUGACAGAAAGGUCAGCACACAUUACAACAGUGAUAUGCAGAAGAGCAUCUCACAAUGCAUCGUAACUCUAAGUGGGGAGGCUACAGCAGUAGAAGUCUAAAAAAUAAGUAUAAUAAAUACCUAAUAAAGUUUCAUGUUUUCAUGCAUGUUUCAUGUUAAAAUUUUAGUCCAGUCUUUAUUUCAUUCAAUUUAAAAAUGGAAAUUUCAAUAUGUUCAAUUUAUUGCAACACAAAUUCAAGUUAUGCCAUUCACAUGAAUGUUCUGCUGCCACUAAUCUCAGCCUGUAAAUGAUUUCACAGUAUAUUGUUCCAGUAAUUCUUUUGUAAACCUGGUUUUUGGACUUGCCUGUUUUCCAAUUAUGAACUUGAUUGUACUACCUGUUUGCUGGAUUUGAUCCUUGCCUGCUCAGUCUGCCUGCUCUGUAUUAAAGCCUGCCGUUUUCACUCCA